AGAUGUGGGACUAUAAAUAGGAGGGAUGGAGCCAGCAGAGAUCAGAUUCUCUCUACAGAGACCUGGACAGCACAGAGAUCCAGACAUGGCCCCUACAAUCACUGCAGCGAUGACCAGUUCUCAGGAGCACCUGACUCUGACCCACAAGCUCAGAAAGCCUCUGGUGGAGAAGUUACGCAGAGAGCGAAUCAGCAGCAGCAUUGAGCAGCUCAAGUCUCUCCUGGGUCCAGAGUUCCUCAAACAGCAGCCAGACUCCAAGCUGGAGAAAGCAGACAUUCUGGAGAUGACAGUUUGCUUCCUCAGACGGCUGCAGCAGCAGCACCAAGCUGUGGAGUCAGCAGCUGUGGAUCAGGGCUACUCCAGGUGUGUCCAGGAGGUGGCACACUUCCUGUCCAAGGAGGAGGUGAAGACGCAGUCUCAGAGAAGACUGCUGAGCCACUUCAACAAGCUGCAGUCUUCCUCUGAGAAGAACCUGAGAGAGGCAGACUUCUGUCCUCUGAGCUCCACAGUCCAGAAGAGCAUCAGCAAAAAGGACAGUCCAGUCAACAUCGCCCCCUGGAGGCCGUGGUAGACACCUACACACUGGACUUACUACCAGACAAACUGAGGUGACCACAUUGGUCAAAAGAGUAGUAGACUAUACUGAAAUUUAAUAGAAAUGUUGGUCCAAAGUGUUUUAAUUUAUCUCAAAGUCCUACUGGAUUGACAUCUCCUUUCUUUUUGAAAGCAUCUUUUCAAAGAAAGUAAUGUUUUCACCUUUCUGAAAAUAUUGAGAAGAACAUUAUAUUCCAUGAAUAUAAUUUUUAUUAAUUUAUGAAUAAGAUUUUUAAAGACUGGCCAGCAGAUAAGGCAGAUAACAUCUGCCUUAAAUUCCUAUAGUGUUUUAAGACCAGUUUGCUGACAGGAGUUGGUAAAUUUUAAGUCAUCUGUGGUGGUGUUUUAUUGUGCAUAUUUUCUGAGGUAUUUGUGUGUAUAAUUUUACAUCAUCAAAGACUCCUGACCCAUAUUGGGUCUUGAAGUAAUUUGUUCCGUUAUCAUGUUUUGACUUUUCAGUGGCAUAAAUGUUGAUCUGAAGGUUAGUUUUUCUCAAAUACCUUGUUUAGUUUGGAGUAAACAAUGCCCUGUCUUUAGUAAAGAUAUUGAAGCUGUACAGGCUAUUUUAGUCUGUUGUCUUGAACUACAAGAUUUUACUGUGAUGUAUCAUCACUACUAGUACCCUCUGUUGAGGAACAGAAACAUUAUGUGAUUCAUUCUUUUUGAAUAAAAAAAAAUUAACUUA